UUAGGAGGAACCCAACAAAGUGGAGUGGCCUAUUUAUCUUGUAUAUUACUAAGGAUCUCUUCCAACAUCCGAUAUGAGACACUUUAUGUUUAAUAGUAAUGAUACUGAAAGUAUAUCAAAGAGACUCAUAGAAAGAAAGAAACAAAGGUGAAACAAGAUGUUAAGACUGCCACAAGGAUCCAACAAGAGGAACAUAGCCCUAUAACAAUCCACACAUCAAUCCCACGCUGAAUGUUAAUAAUUCGUUCAGCAUCAUGGGCUAUAUAUACACUUUGCCUACCAACGAAGUUGGAAGCCUUUCAAUCCUAUUCUGUGGAGAGACAUGUAAUUAAGAUGACCAACCAUGGUGGGACUACUUUUCUUUAUGAGCAGGUGUAGGCAGCCGGUAUCCACUUCAUUGCUACCACCAUAUAUAGUGAAAACUAAGCUUUUUGGGUAACUCUGUUGAUGUUUACCCUGUUGGGAAUGAGAGGUUCUUAUUUAUGAUCGAUCAUUAUUUCUUGCCAUGUUAGAAUAAAUUUAACCCUGGAGACAAAGUUGUUCUUUAUUUCCUGCCACGUGUUUGGUUCUUAAUAAAAUGACAACACAUUUCUUAAUCUUAUUGUUUUUGAUACUCUCUUCAUAUUCCCUGCUUCCAAUAUUUAAUCCUCGAAUGAGAAAAUCAGCUACCAACUUUGUGAUGAUGAGAGAGAACCCCUUCCAGGCAAACUUGUUUCCGUUUCACUUUUACCACAUUGUAACAUGAUUUUAACCAACAUUGUUUGCUCUUUAGUGUUGCUUAUGGCCCUUUUGUGUAUUGUAUUGCUUACUUCAGGUGUGGCAUGUGGCUGAUAUACCCAAAAAUGAAAAAUUUCAGUACACCCACUUUGCUCACAAGAUAAACAGCCUCGACACCCACUUGGGUUUGAAAAUUCAUUUUCCUAAAGUGUUAUAUUUAGUGUUUUGAAAGUUAUUGAUAUAAAUCUAUAGCAAUAGAAUUUAUAGAUACAACAGAAAUCUUACAGCCUGUAUUCUAUAGCAAAAAUAAAUAAAAAUAAAGCUAUAGCCUAAAUAUAAAACUUCAGAAUUUUUUUUGAUAGAUUUCACAUCACUACCCACAUCACAAUGCUUAGGCGGCUAAUAAAUCACUUACCAAUAAACUCCAUAAUCUCUAAAAACCAUUUGUUCUUCGUUUGAUUCAGGAGAUCUUUAGUUGAGCUUUUUGGCAACAUCAUCUACUGUUCUUGACCUCUGUCUACGCAUCAUCAUUCAAGGAUUUUCUAUUAGUUUUGUGUCAAUUUUAAUCAUCUCAAGUGUUCUUUCCUCAUUCAGUAUCACUCUCAACAAUUCCGAUUUCACAUAACAAACAUUAAACAAUACUUAUUUCAUAUUUUUGACAUUUGUUUUGCUUGGUUCCAUUAUUCAUGAGAAAGCGGGUAGUAACUGGCUUCCGAAAACAGUAGAUGAUGACAUUUUCCGUCUACAUAGUUGGUUUUAGCGGUAUCUGCACUUAAAGGGAUGUGUGUAUUUCUUUCUUUUGUUCCCCUCCCACAGCUAUAAAAAUCAGCAUUAUUCACGGGCCUACUUUGGUUUCAGGUAGCAGAAGAUGUUUGUGUUCGAGGCAUUUUUCAAAGACCAUAAGUUUGUUAAUGAAAAAGGUAUUUGAUCUUUAAUAUGUCUUAGCCUGACAUAUAUUUUUAGUGGUAUCUAUGUAUUCAGUUUGUUUAUCGAAAAUGUGAUUAUGUGGUUCUUUGUUUAGUUGUUCAGUUCAAGGCUGUAGUUGAAUAUGUGAUACGCUCAGAUUAACCUUUAAGCUAUUUUCUCAAACAAAAGGAUCUCUGUAAUACUUAAGGAUCAAAUCUACAUGAACUUGAGAUCACAUAAUAGAUUUAUAGUUUCAUGACAAGAUAAGCCAGAAGUAUAAAACAAUAAAACAAAACAGUAAAUCUAAACAGUUGUGUAACGGAUGAGAAGGCGCUAGAUUUAGGGAAAUCAGACAAAUGAUUCAAAACUGCAAUCAAUAGGUUCCAAUGAUUUGUUAAGAACAAUGCUAGAAUUCAAAUUCAAUUGUAAGUCACCCAGAUCUCUUCUGUAGAAAAAUAUUAGAGCCUAAUUCUAUUAAAAACCAAUUAUCUUGCAGAAUCAGUGACUCAGACAAGCAUUAUAUCAGAUUCGAUUAUGUUAACUAAAUUCUUAUACCAACACCGUUGCAACUAAAUAAUUAGUCCAACAUGAUUAGGUUAAGGUAAUUGAUUACACUCUGGUGUCUUACAACAAUCAUAUGAUUCUAGGUUCUAGUUAAUUACUCUACAUUCAAGUACGAUUAACAAUCCUGGUGUAGAAUAUAAUAAAUAACCCUAGCAAUCUAUCAAUCAGCAAUAUGACAUUAAGGCCAAGAGAUCCCUAAAUCCAACAAGAAGCUUAUUCAGACAUGAUCAUCCACAACAUAAUUAUAAUUUGAAUAGAUUAUACAGUUUUAAAUUUUUUAUACAAUUUUGUUUUUAAAAUAUAAAUUUUUAAUCAUAACACCAUUUGCUUCCACCAAAUAUUUAUAAAUUAGUGAUGUUGCAUUCUUUACCACCAUUUUUUAAACCAUAACCAACUAGGAUUGUACAUAUAUUUUUUUUUGCCUUGAUCAAUAAAUUUGAAAUUUCAUCAAAAAAAAAUAUUUAUAAAUUUUAAAUUUUAGAUAUUAUAUUUAAUUUUAUUUUUUUGAUAAUUAUAAAUAUUUUCAUAUCAUUUUUAAAGAAACUUUAUACAAACUAAUUUAAUAUAUAACCAAAAGAAAUAAAUGAAAAUCUAUCUAAAUUAUAAUUUUAAUAUAUAUAUAUAUAUAUAUAUAUAUAUAUAUAUAUAUAUAUAUACUUAUAGAAGAAACUACACCAAUUUUGGUAUUUUGUUGUCCCACUAGAAUUGGCCUUAGAUUCUCAUUUACGUUGAUCAAAGGAUUUACAUGUGAAAUGGUCAUUGAUCUAGAUUCUCCUCCUUCUCUCAUCAAAGCCACCGUAACAGUAAAGUCAUGUUUUUCCUCCGGCGGUCGUCGCGGCGACCUUUUUCGCGACCGCUGGAGGUCUGGACCCGUCCGUCCCCACACAAAUCGACAGCAAGAACCAAACUUCUUGAACCCACCACCACAGCCACCGCGACAUCAGGAAGCAGCUGAGAUUAAGGAUUUUGAGAUCGUGGACGGCGAGACUAUCCAGUGGCUGCUUCAACACGCUGAGCCGUCUAUAAUUGCUUCCACCGGUUCAGGAACAAUACCGGCCUCUGCUUUAGCCUCUGUCGCUAACCAUCAUCAUCAUCAAGGUGGGUCUCUCACUACUGGUUUAAUGAUCAGUCAUGAGUUAAGAGUGGUGGUGGGUCUAGUAGUGGUAGACCAAAUUGGGGAGUUGGAGGCGGAGAAGGAGGGGGAGGAGGAGAAGCUUCUAGGUCAAAUAUACCAAAUUUAUCAGCAGAUGAGUCAAGCUCAGGGUAGAGUUCUUCACCAUAGUCUUAACCCAUCACAUGAAGAGCAUCAGCAAGAGAGUGAUGAAAAAGAUGAUUCUCAAGGCUCUGGGCUUUAAUGGACUUGAAAUUGUACAACUAGCAUGGAGAAAGAAAAGAAAAGGUUAAUACUGAGUGAGAGUGAAAAUAUAUGCUUACGUUAUUCAAUUACAUAGUUGUUCUUAAUAAAUUAAAAAUAAUAUACAUAAUAAUUUUUAUUAUUAAACUAUUUAUUUAAUAAUUUCUGUCAACUAAAUUUUAUUUUAGUUUUCUUUUUACCUUUUUCAAAUAACAUAUAUAAAAUAAAAAGGGAAACAUGUUAAAAAUUUUAAAGCAAAUUUAAUAUGUACAUAUUUUAAUGUAUAAUUUGAUUUCAUAUACAAAAUAAAAUUCACAAAAAUAAUUUUGAUAUUAAAAACAUCUUCCUUUCAAAACAUUAUAUUAAACACCAUUCAGUUAUAUAUUUUAAAAAUAAUAAAACAUUUCUUUCUAUCUAUAUAUUUUGUUAGAUUAUUAAAAAAUAAUUUAAUAACAUAAAAACGAGUUAUCUUUAGUUGACUAAAAAUAUUUUUAGUGGAAGCACCGUAACCUAUUGGUUAAGGUUUAAAGGCUUCUACACCCAGGUCAGGGGUUCGAAUCCUAGACUAUGCAAUUUAUUGCAGAUUACAGGAAAUCCAGGUUUCAAGUCCCGGAGAAAGCGGUUUAUUAAACAAUUAUGCAGACUACAGAGGAAAGACUUGCAAGGGAUCUUCGACAUGG